AAAAGGGUGUCGGAACGGCGGGGACCCUCAUUUAUCUCCAGACGCCGAUUUAAGCACUUGGUUUCACUUCCUUCCCUCAGCGGUUUCUACAACGUAGCGCUUUGGGAUGUUGCAAUGUCUUGGGAGCCAGGGAGGGAGGAAAAUCAGAGCACUUAACCACACUUAAUGGGAAGCAUCAUUGGGCACGGUACUGUUUAACUGUGCCCACAGUCGUCUUUAGAUCGGAGCUCAUUUGGCUUAUGUUAUUUAGCCUGUACACCCUGAGAGCCUUCAGUGGGCCACCUGCUCUCCCAAGCUCACCAGUUUCACUAAACUGCUUGGGACUUUUAGUUUAGACCAAGCCAGCCGGGUCUAUUUAAAAAAAACGUUGCUUUGAUUAAAUAAUUUAAGUCAGAAAUCACGUUGCUUUCACUAGAGAUGGGGGGACGGGGAAGAGGAGGUUCAUUCUGGGAGCUUUUUCUUAAACACGUUAUUUUGGGUGAUCCCAGGGACAGAUAAACUGUAAGGCUCGCCGUCCGCUCCCUUGCAGCUCAGACUAAGGAAGUUUUCUUGGAGGCUUUUUUGGUCCCAUUUGUGAGAUCGAUGUUGCCCUUAAUGAUGGGGAGACCAGAAAAAUGGCAGAAAUGAAAACUGAAGAUGGCAAAGUCGAAAAACACUAUCUCUUCUAUGACGGAGAAUCUGUUUCAGGAAAGGUAAACCUAGCCUUUAAGCAGCCUGGAAAGAGGCUAGAACAUCAAGGAAUUAGAAUUGAAUUUGUAGGUCAAAUUGAACUUUUCAAUGACAAGAGUAAUACUCAUGAAUUUGUAAACCUAGUGAAAGAACUAGCCUUACCCGGAGAACUGACUCAGAGCAGAAGUUAUGAUUUUGAAUUUAUGCAAGUUGAAAAGCCAUAUGAGUCAUACAUCGGUGCCAAUGUCCGCCUGAGGUAUUUUCUUAAGGUGACGAUUGUGAGAAGGCUGACGGACUUAGUGAAAGAGUACGAUCUUAUUGUUCACCAGCUUGCUACCUAUCCUGAUGUCAACAACUCCAUUAAAAUGGAAGUGGGCAUUGAAGAUUGUCUGCACAUAGAGUUCGAGUAUAAUAAGUCCAAGUAUCAUUUAAAGGAUGUGAUUGUUGGAAAAAUUUACUUCUUACUAGUAAGAAUAAAAAUACAACACAUGGAGUUACAACUGAUCAAGAAGGAGAUCACAGGAAUUGGACCCAGCACCACAACAGAAACAGAAACAAUCGCUAAAUAUGAAAUCAUGGAUGGUGCGCCAGUAAAAGGAGAAUCUAUUCCGAUAAGACUGUUCUUAGCAGGGUAUGACCCAACUCCCACAAUGAGAGACGUGAACAAGAAGUUUUCCGUGAGGUACUUUUUGAACCUCGUACUGGUUGAUGAGGAAGACAGACGGUACUUCAAGCAGCAGGAGAUCAUCCUGUGGAGAAAAGCACCCGAAAAACUGAGAAAACCAAGGACGAACUUUCACCAGCGAUUUGAAUCUCCGGAAUCACAGGCAUCUGUGGAACAGCCCGAGAUGUAAGCAGAAUGGGAAAAAGCAGCAGGAACAAGAACUGGAGCCGAGAGGUGACGCUCAGUGGGCUAGAGCCGGUCACAGCCGGGAAAGUCCAACUCUGUCUGCUAGUCUUCCUCAUCCUCAAGUGCUGCAUUAUUUUCCAGUAUGAUUAGAGAUUCUGUGUGUGUACCAACUUUAAAAAGUGCUUUCUUGGAAACACUGGAGGAUUCCUAAGCUGCCUUUCUUGUUUUCUUUUUACUGCACACUGAUCAGUACUCAGAUGCAUCAGCAUAAGCAUUAAGGAUUUUCAUGUGAGUAGGCUGGUAUUUGUCAUUUUGUUUUCUUUAUGCAUAAUGUUGAAAAUCCUUUUCUCUUUUUUCACGCUAAUGAUUACCUCUUAUUCGCUAUGUGCAAAAAAUUAAAUAUUUUUUUGUUCAAGUAAAAUGAGAAAACCUGAGCAGCCCUUAUGUCCUGCAAAGUUUUAAGACACGGCUCCUCAGUAUUUUUGAGAAUUGUUUUUACAUGUGUAUCAGAAACCAACCUGGUGUUGCAUGGUAGAUGCUUCUGGAUCUACCAUUUCACGGCCUCCUGGUUUUAAUGGGGUCUUCGGAGAUAUAUUAAAAUUUUCCAACCAAGGGAUUACAUGGCGUGUCGUUGUGCCCUCUCCCCCCAUUAACCUUUUUUGCUAUUACUUUCUGUAUCACCAUGUAGGGUCUGCAGUGUGGAGUUGACAUGAUGGCAUUUUAGAACACCUUAAACCUGUAUCAUUUUUCCAUAAAUACUUUGAAACGUGUAUAUAUAUUUUAAUUUAAGGACUCUUUGCCAUGUGUGUGCAAAUAUCCAUUUGGGGAUGAGAGGGCUCCAGAGGACCUGUGAAGCAUAUGUAAGUGUCCAGAUCUGGACAGUUUCUUGUUAACUGGAACAUUGGCGAGUUCAAACUCACUUAAAUGUCACCUAGUCUAUUUAAAAACAAACAAACAAACAGACAAACAGGAAAUUCAUUUGUUCAGUGGCUCUGAAGAAGUCGCUGCAGUCAUCUGAGCACAGACCACUGAUGGUGGACUAUGGGGCAAGACAAAGGCUGCUGUGUGGGAGCUACGGUCACUCGUGGUUCAUUGUUCUUUUGUUUGUUUUUAUACCAGUAUUCCUUGACACCUCAGAGCAAGUUCUGUCAGUUAACCUUACUUUCCGAGGAAACUGAACAGCCCAAGUUACCUUUCUUUAAACCUAUUUUACUAUGAUGGCACUUUGAUAAAAUGGCCAGCAACCAACCCUGGCCAAAGGUUCCACGUACGUCCUGGAGCAGCUACUGUACAUGUGGAGUUCUAAGAAUGGCCAUGUUUCCCUUCAUGUAAGUGCCUGUUCAGAGUUUCAAAUUUUCAAAAUGCCAAAUAUUUUCAUGGUCACUUGCAUGUAGUAAUCUAGGAAAUAUUCAGAGAUUUUGAAAACCAAUUGCAUUUAACCGGCCUCAAGUUGUGCAACUAUGAUAUAUAAUAAAUAAUUUGAAACAGAAA